ACAUACACUGUUUAGCCUAGGGCGGGCAGGCUGUCGAUUCUGUAGCUGUGUUGUGUUCCUGUUCCCGGCUAGCUGUUACUACUACUCCCUGGAAACCAUGUCUGAUCAGUUGACUAUCGAUGAUUUUGCCCGAGUCCUAGAGGCUUUGUGGGCGGCAAGAUCAAAAUGGAAAAACAUUGGGGUUCGCCUGAAGCUGGCAGUUUCUGAUCUCGAUUGUAUUAAUGCUGAGCCAGGGAUCAGUCUUGAUGAAAAAUUUGAUCGUAUGUUAUCAGCGAGAUUAAAGAUGAUAGAGCCAUGCACCUGGAGAGAUCUCUAUGAUGCAUUAAAUCAUCCUACUGUUGCCAUGUCUGAUGUGGCAAGUAAACUUGUACCAUACCUACCACCUGUUGCAGCUCCAACUGAAACUGGAGAUACUGAUGGUGUAGCACCAGCUGCGUCAGUUACCACAUCUCCUAUUGUAACUGGCCCCCAAAUUGACAGCAAAGAAUUUGAAAAGACAAGUGAAAAGAUAGAUCAGUUGCAGAAAGAGUAUAUUGACAUUUCAUUUUGUGCUGCUGAGGAAUUGAGUGCCAAUGUUGCAGUUAAAAAGUUGCGUUUAUUCCCUCCUCUCUCUUCCACCAAAUCUUAAGAAAUUGCACAAAAAAUUCCUUGGGGAAGCAAAAGCUGAAAUCAAAGAAGCUGAAUCAACCGAUGAAGUAAUGUAUAUUAUUGGGGAGCACCAUCACUACCUCCACUAUUCCCUGUUGAAGUAUGUCAUAGAUCUCUAUGGAAGUGCUAUCUGAAAGAAAAAAUAGCAGAUUAUGCAAAGCAGAUAGGAAAUUUUAGAAAAGAAACAAGGCUCGAAGUGUUUUCACAAGUUUGUGAUGAUGAGCCAGAAGUAAUCAACAGUAAGUUUCACCACGAUGGUUAGUAAGCACCAAAUGGACUGGAGAACCGCUACACUGGAAGAUGUUGAGAAGUUUCGCAUUCAAGUCUGCCGGGAGCUGUCCUUGUAUGAGUUCUCCCUCAACCUCGUGAAAGUGGCUAAAGGGUGUGUGGAGGUGACAUGGCGGGUUCCUCGUUCUCUGGUGACCUACAUCCAGAACUCUGUCAAGCCCAGCAGUCAGAGCAUGAUGGAGCAUCACGUCGCCACUCUCACCAUUGACGGAUUCAUCGUCUACGACUCCUCUUUUGAUGAAGUUGUGCCAUACCUGCUGCAUCGAAGGCUACUCACUCAAAUACAGGCAGCAGAAGUUCGGGAGGAGACCAGUCCAGUAGAGAAAGGGCGGUUUAUAGUUCAAGCAAUUAUGGAUUAUGACCGUAAUUUGGCUGGAAGACUCCCUACUUUGUGUGAAGCCUUGAACUGUGCUGGGCAGCGGCAUAUUGCAGGAAAACUUCUUAACAAGUUCCAGAGUCUCCUGAAGGGUGAGGCAGUCUCCCACCAACAAGAGGAAGAUGAAGUCAUGAUCUCUGGAGAUUCGAGUACCCAGCCCUCUCCUCCUCCAGAUAGCCACCUCGUCACUGCUCAAUUGGAGGGUUCCCUCACAAGAGCACAGUACAACACCAUACACAGCCUCACCAGCUCCCUACUCCAACGAUUUCUUUUUAUUGCUGAAAUGGCCCAGGGAGGAAUUGACAAAAAUCCACGUGGAAGAGAUGGAGAGAAUAUUCCUCAAUUAAAUGAAAUUUCUCUUUUCCAUGCUGCUUGGGAUGGAGACCUUGAGAGGCUAAAUGGUGCUCUGCAAAAAGGGAUUCCAGUAGACUUUGUGUCACCUGAUGGAGGGAGUUCACUGGUGUAUGCAUCUAAGAAUGGACAUGUUGAGGUGGUGGACAAGUUAUUACAACAUGGAGCCACAGUAGACAUGCAUGAUGAGGGUGGGUGGAGUUCACUGGUGGCUGCAUCUCUGGGGGGACAUGUGGAGGUGGUGGACAAGUUGUUAGAACAUGGAGCCACAGUAGACCUUCAGAGUAAAGAUGGAGCGAGUUCACUGAUGGUUGCAUCUCUGAAUGGACAUGUGGAGGCGGUGGACAAGUUAUUACAACAUGGAGCCACAGUAGACCUUCAGAGUAAGGAUGGAGUGAGUUCACUGAUGGCUGCAUCUCUACAGGGACAUGUGGAGGUGGUGGACAAGUUAUUACAACAUGGAGCCACAAUUGACCUGCAUGAUGAGGAUGGAGCGAGUUCACUGAUGAUUGCAUCUCUGAAUGGACAUGUGGAGGCGGUGGACAAGUUAUUACAACAUGGAGCCACAGUAGACCUUCAGAGUAAGGAUGGAGUGAGUUCACUGAUGGCUGCAUCUCUGCAGGGACAUGUGGAGGUGGUGGACAAGUUAUUACAACAUGGAGCCACAGUAGACCUGCAGGAUAAGGAUGAUGAUACAGCAUUGACAUUUGCCUGUGGAGGAAAUGAUUUUUCUGCCGUUUCUAUCCUUCUGAAAGCUGGUGCCCAUCCAAAUGUCUGCAAUAAGGCUGGUCAGACCCCACUAUUGCUGGCAGUAUGGAAGAACAAUAUGGCAAUUGUCAGGGAGUUAGUGAAUGCAAGAGUGGACGUAGACCACAUGUACCAGAAUGGACUUUCUUCUCUGAUGCUGUGUUGUGAAAAUGGGAACUCUGAGAUGGCAAACCUACUACUUGAAGCUCAAGCUGAUGCUGACCUUCAGCAAUCAGGUACUGGAUACAUAGCUCUGAUGUUUGCCUGCAAGGGAGGUCAUCUGGAUACAGUUAUAGGUCUCAUGGAACACGGAGCAAAUUCAGCGAUUAAAAAUCAAGAAGGUAUGACAGCAUUGGAUGUGGCAUCAGUGAAUGGUUUUCAACAUCUCUGUGCUGUUAUUAAUCUAAUGGGACCACCACCUACUGUCAUGCAGGAUGAGAUCAUUGAGCAUCCUGACACUCCUCUGAUGAAAGAAGCAGUUGAUGAGGUUAUCAAAAGAUUUCAUGCUCAGAUGGAUCAUGUUCCACUAAUAUCACUCUACGAUAACGACAAACAAGUGGAACUCAGAGUUCCAAAACAACAUAUCAAACGUCAUAUUAAACUUUUCAACCUAAACUAGUAGUGAAUUAUCUGUUAUUUUGAAGUAUCACUAUUUUGUGUUUACUUACUGUUAUUAUGUAAUAAUUGGUGUGAGCUAUAUCAGAGCAUCGGUAUAAUGCCUAAGGAUGGCACGGGUCUAAUUAAUAAUUAUGCUCAUGCAUGGCUCUGUGCAAAGUUUU